AAAUAAUAUGUGAGAUCUGUUAAUCUUCCACAAACCCUUCCUCAACACUUUCUACUGCACUCUGCACCGACCUUCCUUCUGGUUCGUUUCCAUUUCUAAAGCAAAAAUCCCCAUUAAAGCUGAGGCGAAGCUCCUCAAAUCCCCACGCAAGCCACAGGCUCACAGCUGGUAGCUUUCUUUUGCACUGUAGCCAUUUCCAGUAUUUUUCUCCGAGUAGAUGAGACGACGGGGCCCAGAUUUCCGGCGACCUGCGAGGCGGCGAAUCCCGAAUGUCUUCUGGUUGACGCUUUUUGGAUUAGUGAUCUUGCUCUUCAUUGUACUGUUGAGCCGGGAGAACCAACAACCGGCCGCGAGAUCGGCUUACGCGAAGAGGUCCUCGAGGCAUGAAAAAUUCAUGGAAGGCCUUAACAUCACGGACGAGAUGCUGAGCCCUGACUCGGUCACCCGGCAGCUCAACGACCAAAUCUCCCUCGCCAAAUCCUUCCUCGUCAUCGCAAAAGAGAGCAACAAUCUGCAAUUCGCAUGGGAGCUCAGUGCCCAGAUCCGCAACUCCCAAAUCCUCCUCUCCAACGCCGCCCUACGAAGAACUCCCCUCACAGCCCCCGAAUCCGAAACUGCCAUCCGCGACAUGGCCAUUUUGCUCUUCCAGGCUCAGCAGCUCCACUACGACAGCUCCACCAUGAUCAUGCGGCUCAAGGCCAAGAUCCAAGGCCUCGAGGAACAAAUGAGCUCCAUCAACGAGAAGAGCUCGAAAUACGGGCAGAUAGCGGCUGAGGAAGUCCCGAAGAGCCUCUACUGCCUUGGGGUCCGCCUCACGAGCGAGUGGUUUCAGAACGCCAACCUGCAGAGGAAACUGGAGAACAACAGGCAAACGGCUUUGAAACUGAGAGACAACAGUUUGUAUCAUUUCUGCAUAUUCUCAGACAACAUUCUCGCCACGUCGGUUGUGGUGAACUCGACUGUCUCGAAUUCGGACAACCCUGGAAAAGUCGUGUUCCACCUCGUAACAGACGAAGUGAAUUACGCAGCCAUGAGGGCCUGGUUCACAAUCAACACUUUUAACGGGGUGACGGUCGACGUUCAGAAAUUCGAGGAUUUUACGUGGCUGAACGCGUCUUACGUUCCCGUUUUGAAACAGCUUCAGGACUCCGAGACACAGAGCUACUACUUCUCGGGCCACGGUGGCGACAGCCGGACCCCAAUCAAAUUCCGAAACCCGAAAUACCUCUCCAUGCUCAACCACCUUAGGUUCUACAUACCUGAAGUUUUUCCCGCCCUCAAGAAAGUGGUGUUUCUCGAUGAUGAUGUGGUCGUGCAGAAGGAUCUCUCGCCUCUGUUCUCCCUCGACUUGAAUGGAAACGUAAAUGGCGCUGUCGAGACGUGCAUGGAGACUUUUCAUAGGUACCAUAAAUACUUGAACUACUCACACCCGCUCAUCCGUGACCAUUUUGACCCAGACGCCUGCGGGUGGGCCUUCGGGAUGAAUGUUUUCGACUUGGUCGAGUGGAGGAGAAGGAAUGUGACAGGCAUAUACCAUUACUGGCAGGAAAAGAACGUGGACAGGACUCUGUGGAAGCUCGGGACCUUGCCACCCGGGCUUUUGACCUUCUAUGGGCUGACCGAGCCUUUGAACCCGUCAUGGCAUGUGCUGGGCUUGGGCUAUACAAAUGUUGACCAUCAGUUGAUAGAGAAGGGAGCUGUGUUGCAUUUUAAUGGCAACUCGAAGCCUUGGCUGAAAAUUGGAAUGGAGAAGUAUAAACCCCUCUGGGAUAAGUACGUCGAUUAUGGGCAUCCCUUGUUGCAACAAUGCAAUGUCCACUAGAUUUGGAAUUUUACGGGUUUUAUGUGGCUCUGCACAGGACGUGGAUUUUUUUUGCUUUGUACACGUUGAGGAGAUUAUGAGACGACUCUGUGGGCAGUGGGGUGAGUCGUAUAAUUAACCGUCCCCAGUUAAGUUAUUUCGAGCUUCGAGUUUGUUGUUGUAAUAUAUUAUAUUCUGCACGUUGUCUCAUUUUAGAUCUGCCUAAGCUAUUUAAAACCGAUUGCUCGUGUUUUUGGAUCUGUCUAAGCUAAUUACAAGUUGACUGGAUUUCUUUGCACCAACUAGUUCGUCUUGGUAGGGUGACUUACUUUUUACCAUGUUUCAUCUUCAGCUGUUCGAGAUUAUAGGGAAGGUGUAAUGUAUAUAUGGUGCACUCUGAAUUUCUUGAAAUUUAGAAUGCUACAUUUCACAGGAUAUUGAACUAUGGUAUCCUCAAGUAUCUCGUUAAUUAUAAAAUUAAGUGCUAAUGAUU